GCUGUGCCAGCAACCAACGUACACACUGGGAGUCCGGGAAGUGCUGAGCUCAGGAUGCCCGAGGGCUGAGAGUGGAGAGGAACCUGUCAGAGCGCGGCUGAAGCUGGGGAGCGGGGGGCCAUGAACCUGGGGGAUGGAUUAAUGCUUGAAACUCAGAUUUUGAAUGGCAAACCCAAGCUUAUCUUGGCUCCCUAUGGAGUACAAGAAAAGACGGCUAAGCAGGUGGGUAACAAGGGAAGGACCCAAAAAUCUACUCUGAAAGGAAAGAAUCCAGCCCAAGUCCUCCACGUGGAGAACAACCAUGCCAAGACAGAGCAGCCGGUGCUGAAAGGCAGAUCUGCCGUCGGAGGGGCGCCCCCUAGUAAACCUCCUAGUAACGUACUCAAGGAACUUGAAAACAAACAUCACGACCAGAAUGUGCAACAGACAAGGCUGGAUGCUGGGAGGGGCAAGCCUGUGCCCAAAAAGAUAUCUAACGUGCCAAAGCAGAGACUACAACAGAAGCCGCCAAUCUCUGCAGAGGAGCUAAGGGAGAGUCUAGUAUGUCUUACCCAGGAGCAAUUCCAGCAAAUUCUGAUGACCCUCAAUCAUGGUAACAAACCAGGGACAACAGACCAGACGGCUGAGCAAGGUGAGGAGAAACCGGAAACGGGGGAAAACCUUACAGAAAACGCAGCUAUUGAGGAGGAGGCCAGCAGUGGACUGGCAGAGAAAAAUGAUCUUCCCACCACAGGCCAGAUCGGUGACGGGCAAACGGUCAACUUGUUCAGCACGCUGGGAGAACGGGAGAGAGACAAGAGUCUCCAGGAAGCAAAGAAAGCCCAGUGGAGGCGAGAGCUAGAUGAACAAGUGGCUUUAAAGAAGAAGUUGAAGGAAUCGGAAAAGGAUGGAAUUAAUCUCAGGACUCGGGAAGCUUAUGGCAGAGACUCUGUCUCAGAGAGGGCAGUCUCUUCUGAUCUGCCAAAAAAUACGCCGUUUUAUGAUUACAGCACCCCAGACCAAGAAGAUCCCAUGCUGAAGACAUCCACGGGUACAGAAACUAGUGAAUCAUCACCAUUUGGAAGGGCUUCAAGCUUUAGCUCCCCUGAGCUUCCUGCUGCUAUCCGUACUGCAUUUGUUUUAGGGGAAGCAGCUCCACUGGACCAUCCUUUUAGUGCUGUAAAACGUCAACAGCAGAAGAGAUGGUUGGAGGAACUCAACAAGCAAAGAGAGGAAGCUGCCCAGCGGAAAAUGGAAGAAAAGCAAAAGCUUCAGGAGGAGAGUGUUCAACAGGAUCACUGGGCAAUGCAUUUUGAUUCGUUUAAGAAACCAAGUCCCGUCUCUCAGAAUACAGUAACAUUUCAGCAAUUUGAAAAUUCUCGCGCAACACCAGAUCCAGUGGGCGGCACGCCAUCUCCUUCUGCAAGUUAUCGGCAACAGGAACAGAUAGAAACUCUGAAAUCAACCGAGGAAGAACAUUUUCAAAGCCAGAAGACUGGGUUCCUACGUACUAUGACCUCUCUAUUAGACCCAGUCCAGAUUGAAGAAAGGGAUCGUAAAAGAUUGAAGCAGCUGGAACAUCAGAAAGCAAUAGCGGCUCAAGUAGAAGAAAAGCGCAGGAGAAAGCAGCUGGAAGAAGAGCAAAAACAACAGGAAGAACAGGAGGAGGAGAGGCGACUGGCGAGGGAACAGGAACAGAUGAGACAGCAGUAUGAGGCAGACUCUCUUAAACAGAAACAAAAAGAAGAAGUUCUUGACCUGAAGACAAGAGAAUUGUACCACAGUAUGCAGAAGGCCCAAGAAGAAGCACAGCGGUUAAAGCUGGAGCAGCGGAUGCGUCACUUACAGCAAAAAGGACAUGACAUAUCUAAUCUACAGAAAAAUAUAGAAGGUGACACAGUGCAUCCAGAGACCAGCAGGGCUGCAGGCCGCACCAAUGAUGUCAGGUCAGAUGACACAAACAGUAUUAGAAGUCAAAGCGCUUUAACAUUGACCUCACCUAGGAAGGACACUGCUGUUCAGACAGAUGACUUGAAUUUUUUGAUGAAGGCAGAUCCCAUAUCCUUUCGCAAGGAGGUGACGUGGAGACAUGAACACAAUGCCUCUCCUGAUAUUCCCAUAGAGUUAAAAGACCAACAGCGCAAAGCUGAAGUACAAACAAAGAAGUCCCAUGUCCAGAGAGACAGAAAUGACUCCAGCAAAGAAAACACUAAUGCCUACAAUGAUGUUUACGAUCAGUUUGCAAGAACAGAAAAGCAGAGUAAAGAUCACGGACGUAAACCAGACUGGAAUAAAAACAGACCUCAGAAGAAAUACAUCCCAGCCUCCGAGCGGUACCCCCGGGGGCUUCAGAAGCAAAGGGAGGAGAACAAAACACGGAGGCAGAUAGAGUUGCUGCAUUUAGUGGAAAAAAAUUCUUCUAAUAAUUUGUACUUAAGAAAAGGGAAUUCCCCCGAAAAGUCUCCAGUUCCUCGAGAAGAAGCCAAGAUCUCUCCACAUCACGAAGACAUAAAAACUACACAGGAUGCCAAAAAGCAGGAAGACAGAGUGCAGAAAACCGAAUCAAAUUUCAAGAGGUCAGACUCUCCACCAGUUCCUGCAGUGAAGAACAGAUUACAUCAGGCUCAGAAGAGAUCCACUGUUACCCCUGUUCCUGCAAUUUACAAUGGUAAUGCUGUGUCCAUCCAAAGGCAUGUCACCCCGGACCUUGAGAAGUUGGAAUCUGACCGACCACCAUCUUCACAAUUUGUUCCAUAUGUGCGGACGAAAGAGAUUUACUAUCUGGAUCCUAAUGCUCCUAUGUCCAGACCCUCAACACAUGAGCCCCAGCAUAAUCCAUCAGGCAAAGACCAGGAAUCUCGGCAAAUAUUCAACUCUAAUCAUGCAAAAGACCCUUUAUUGAAUCCUAAUGUUGUCAGAAAUAAGGACCGACAACAGGCAAUACUGAGGGGACUGUCAGAAUUACGAAAGGGUUUGCUUCAGAAACAAAGGGAACUGGAGACCGGGUUGAUGCCAGAUGUUUAAAAUGUUGGAGUAGACUUGUGUCCCAAUACGUGUUAUAACCUUGGCCUGUGUGUGUUUGACUCAUUAUUAUGUUAACUAGAUGCACUGUAACAUGAUCAAUGUGAAUUAUGUGUUUGCUGCUGUUUUGUGUAUUUAUCAAACCUCUCAUAGGAGUGUUUGUCAAUUU